GACUGGCCUGCGGUGAUGGCUAGACCUUGAACUGGCGGAAAGAGAGCCCAGAGCAAAGAGACUGAUGUUUCCGUUAGCUGCUAUUCCCUGUGGAGACUGAAAGGAUGAUCUCCACUGGGGUUUUGAAAAUGCUGAAGAUGCUGAAAGACCUGAACAAGGAGCCCUUAAUAAACGUUCGCUGUCACUGCUGCCCCAGCCUUCUGGGACGCCAGGCUCGCCAGGCGCAGAACUGCGGUGCACACGUGGCAGUCACGGCCACAGCGAUGGCAGUGCUGAGGUGGCCCAGGCCCUACCUGUGUGCCAGGCUUGUGUCAUCUGCCUUACACAAACGACCUCAUUCUGCUGUCAUCGCGACUACGAGGGAGGCGCCCUCAUUACCUCCCAUCUUCCGGAUGAGGAUCGCAGAGGGAAGCAUCUCAGCAGCAGCCGUGGGUGCGGGGGGCCAGGCCCGGCUGGCUCAGCCCUGGGGGCCUUGCUGCCGUGCCGGCCCAGGAGCCUUCUCAAUCCGAAAUCCUCCAAGACGCGCCGCCGUUACAUUAAUUCACGGCUUUGCGUUGUUUAUCUUCAUAUGUUCCGCAUCUUCUAAAAGAGAAACCCCACGUGUGGUCAUGUGGCUCAUCUGGCUGAACCUGGACGCACCCCGCCCCCGCCGCCGUGUGUGGGAAAUUGCAAGCACGUCUUCCUCUUCCCCGCAGUGAGCUCCUCCGAGCAGCCGCCGUCUCGGUCCCGCAAGGCUUGGCACGAGGAGGCGCUCCAUGCACUCAAAGAGAAGAACUCGGGGGCUAAACUUCCUCGUGGACCAGAGGGGUGGUGCAGAAAUUUAGGAUUGAAACAGGAGCCCCCCAGUCAAUGUAAGCAAAAAAGGGCACCCAUAACAAUGUGGACUUUUUGUGAAACCCAAGAACAAGAAGGUAGCUGCAGCCAGUCUUGGAGCUGCAGUGUAGAAUGCCUUCUGUCUUUUGGACACUCUCUGUCUUUUGGUCUCUGAUUUUCCUCCUCCUCAGCAGACCAACUCUGCUCCUCCGAGGACACGACGGGCAGAGGAGGCUGCCUCAGUGUUCCCAAGUCACUGGCGACACUGCCCCUCCUCUCGGGUCCCGGGACAGAGUCCCAGGGAAGGCGUUUGAGUGGCUAGCCUGAGUCAGGGGGUCAGUCUUGGUCUGAGGUUCCCGGAUGGUUUUGGACAGGCACGGCAGCCGGCGCCCACCGGGCAGACGGUGGGGACAGUUAAGGGCCGAGGCUGUCUCUCCUGCAUAUCCCAAGGCUCCCUGGGAGACCGGAGUGGGCGGCUUCCGACCUCCUGCCACUCUCGAGGAUGGGAGGCGGCCACCCUGCCCGAGUCCGGAGCCCAGGCCGAGGUCUCGGCGGGCAUCCAGACAAGCCUGCAGGCGCGGAGGAGCUCAGACGGAGUGGCCGUCCUUGAGGACAAGAAGCAGGCUGGCGAUAGAGUUUGGGUCGCCGAAGAUGGUCUGGGUCUCCGUGGACUCUGGGAGCGGCGACGGUGUUUGGCUGUCCGCCACCCAGGCCACCCAGGCUCGGCUGAGGGCGCCUCUCUGGAGCUGACCCGGCACAGACCCUCAGGGUGACCUUGAGCCGCAAAACUGCUGUCCACGUGGACCGGGGCUGACAUCGCUCGUCCAUCCACUAGGAUCCCCGUGUCCAAACUCCGAGACAUGGCGACCAACGGCAGCAAGGUGGCUGAUGGGCAGAUCUCCACCGAGGUCAGCGAGGCCCCCGUGGCCAAUGACAAGCCCAAAACCCUGGUGGUCAAGGUGCAGAAGAAGGCGGCAGACCUUCCUGACCGGGACACGUGGAAGGGCCGCUUCGACUUCCUCAUGUCUUGCGUGGGCUAUGCCAUCGGCCUGGGCAACGUCUGGAGGUUUCCCUACCUCUGCGGGAAAAAUGGCGGUGGAGCCUUCCUCAUACCCUACUUCCUGACGCUCAUCUUUGCGGGGGUCCCACUCUUCCUGCUGGAGUGCUCCCUGGGCCAGUACACGUCCAUCGGGGGGCUGGGGGUGUGGAAGCUGGCCCCCAUGUUCAAGGGCGUGGGCCUCGCGGCGGCCGUGCUGUCCUUCUGGCUCAACAUCUACUACAUCGUCAUCAUCUCCUGGGCCAUCUACUACCUGUACAAUUCCUUCACCACGACACUCCCGUGGAAACAGUGUGACAACCCCUGGAACACAGACCGCUGCUUCUCCAACUACAGUGUGAUCAACACCACCAACAUGACCAGUGCCGUGGUGGAGUUCUGGGAGCGCAACAUGCACCAGAUGACAGACGGGCUGGACAAGCCAGGUCAGAUCCGCUGGCCGCUGGCCAUCACGCUGGCCAUCGCCUGGAUCCUUGUGUAUUUCUGUAUCUGGAAAGGUGUUGGCUGGACUGGAAAGGUGGUCUACUUCUCUGCCACGUACCCCUACAUCAUGCUGAUCAUCCUGUUCUUCCGCGGAGUGACACUGCCCGGAGCCAAGGAGGGCAUCCUCUUCUACAUCACGCCCAACUUCCGAAAGCUGUCCGACUCCGAGGUGUGGCUGGAUGCGGCUACCCAGAUCUUCUUCUCCUACGGGUUGGGCCUGGGAUCCCUGAUCGCUCUCGGGAGCUACAACUCUUUCCACAACAAUGUCUACAGGGACUCCAUCAUCGUCUGCUGCAUCAAUUCGUGCACCAGCAUGUUUGCAGGAUUCGUCAUCUUCUCCAUCGUGGGCUUCAUGGCCCACGUCACCAAGCGGUCCAUUGCCGAUGUGGCGGCUUCAGGCCCGGGGCUGGCGUUCCUGGCAUACCCAGAGGCGGUGACCCAGCUGCCUAUCUCUCCCCUCUGGGCCAUCCUCUUCUUCUCAAUGCUCCUGAUGUUGGGCAUUGACAGCCAGUUCUGCACCGUGGAGGGCUUCAUCACCGCCCUCGUGGACGAGUACCCCAGACUCCUCCGCAACCGCAGGGAGCUCUUCAUUGCUGCUGUCUGCAUCGUCUCCUACCUGAUCGGCCUCUCAAACAUCACCCAGGGGGGCAUCUAUGUCUUCAAGCUUUUCGACUACUACUCUGCCAGCGGCAUGAGCCUGCUGUUCCUCGUGUUCUUUGAAUGUGUCUCUAUUUCCUGGUUUUACGGUGUCAACCGAUUCUACGACAAUAUCCAAGAGAUGGUUGGCUCCAGGCCCUGCAUCUGGUGGAAACUCUGCUGGUCUUUCUUCACCCCAAUCAUCGUGGCGGGCGUGUUCAUUUUCAGUGCCGUGCAGAUGACUCCUCUCACCAUGGGAAGCUACGUCUUCCCCAAGUGGGGCCAGGGCGUGGGCUGGCUCAUGGCUCUGUCCUCCAUGGUCCUCAUCCCUGGCUACAUGGCCUACAUGUUCCUCACCUUAAAGGGAUCUCUGAAGCAGCGCAUCCAGGUCAUGAUCCAGCCCAGCGAGGACGUCGCCCGCCCGGAGGAGCACGGGCCGGAGCAGCCGCAGGCCGGCGGCGCGGCCGGCAAGGAGGCCUACAUCUAG